CGCGGGGGCUGGCCUGACUGCUGCAGUUCCAUCCGGGACGAGGAAGGACCCGCCGCGCCCGACAAACCAAGCAGGGAAUGUCCGCUUGUAGGUGCGCUGCCAACCCCAGCAGCAUGGGUACAUCAAUUCUUAAGUGUGAACAUGUGUGGUGGCCGCUGAUCCCGGAGUAAGACGACUCGCCUGUCUGCGGGAUCACGGUGAUCCCGCUUGCCGUCCUGUCCCGUCCCGAACGCUUGUCUUGCAGCGUGUAGAUGCCUUGGCUGAGAUGAGUGUGAAGGCUUUUGAGCUUGUCCCCGCUGUGGAGCGAGAUCUCCUCAUGGGCGACAAAGCUCGCAUCAAUAUCGAGUGCAUCGAAUGCUGUGGAAAGCACUUGUACGUGGGCACCAAUGACUGCUUCAUCCACCACUUUCUGCUGGACGAGGUCACUUCCGCCAAAGGGAAGCUGAGCUACUCAUCCCAGAAGCUGCUGCACAAAUACCUGGGCCUCAAAAAGCCCGUUGCCGAACUGCGGGCUGCGUCCGCUUUGGAGCGCCUGAUAGUGCUUUGCGAUGGAAUCGUGUUCCUCGUCGACAUGGUGACGUUGGAGACCGUGCCGUCAGCGGCGGGAGGCGGGGCCAAGAUCAGAGGCGUGGCAGCCUUUUGCAUUAACGAGAACCCGGUGAACGGUGAUCCGUUCUGCGUGGAAAUGGGCAUACUCUCCUCCAAGCGGCGGACAGUGCAGAUUUUCAUGGUGUACGAGGACAGAGUGCAGCUGGUCAAAGAGGUGGGCACUCCCGAGCAGCCGUGCGCCGUCAGCGUCGAUGGUUACUUCUUGUGCUUGGCCCUCGCUACACAAUACAUGAUCCUGAACUACAACACAGGAGCUUCCCAAGACCUCUUCCCUUACAACAGCGAGGAGAGGAGGCCCAUCGUGAAGAGGAUCGGUCGGGAGGAGUUCCUCUUAGCAGCACCUGGUGGUCUUGGAAUGUUUGCCAACGCAGAAGGGGUUUCUCAGCGGGCUCCAGUCAACUGGUCCGAGAGUGUGAUUGGUGCCGCUGUGUGUUUUCCGUACGUGGUGGCCUUGGAUGAAAGCUUCAUCACCAUCCACAGCAUGUUGGACCAACAACUGAAACAGACCCUUUCGUUCAGGGAUGGACACAUUCUGCAAGACUUUGAAGGGAAGGUGAUACUGGCUUCCACCAAGGCCGUGUACGUCCUCGUACCUCUGCCACUGGAGAGACAGAUCCAAGACUUACUCGCCAGUCACAGAGUGGAGGAGGCGCUCAUCCUCACGGAGGGAGCGCAGAGGAAUAUUCCCAAAGACAAGUUCCAGAUUUUGCACAAAAGAAUCCUCCAGCAGGCCGGUUUCAUACAGUUUGGCCAACUUCAAUUUCUAGAAGCAAGUGAACACUUCAGGAAGGGACAGCUGGAUGUGCGAGAGCUGAUAUCUCUCUACCCGCUGCUUCUGCCGACUUCCUCUUCGUUCACGCGCUGCCACCCUCCGCUCCACGAGUUCGCAGAUCUCAACCACCUGGCUCAGGGGGACAAGGACAAAGUGCUGCGCUGCAAGAAAUUUCUCAUCAGUUAUUUGGGAGAGGUACGAAGCACAGAGGUGGCAAACGGUUGCAGGGAGGACGUGGACACGGCCCUGUUGAAGCUCUAUGCUGAGCAGGAUCACGACAGCCUGCUAGACCUGCUCGCUUCAGACAACGCCUGCCUGCUGGCAGACAGCAUCCCAUGGCUUGAAAAAUAUCACAAAUAUUUUGCACUCGGGCUGCUCUAUCAUUACAAUGGUCAGGAUUCAGCAGCACUUCAGUUGUGGAUUCGCGUAGCGGACGGGGAUCUGCAGGACCCAACGAGAUCUGACCUUUACGAGUACGUCGUGGACUUUCUCUGCUCCUGCUCCAACCUGGACCUCGUGUGGCAGUAUGCAGAUUGGGCCUUGCAGAAGGAUCCCACCAUAGGCAUCCACAUCUUCACUAAGAGGCCUGUCAGUAAGGAUUGGCCACAAUUAAAUUCUGAUGAUGUCAUCAGUUACCUGGGCAAGCACGUCCAGGCGCAGCUGCUGUACUUGGAAUACCUGGUGCUGGAGAGAAGGAUACAGAAAGAGAAGUUCCACACACACCUGGCUGUGUUGUACCUGGAGAGGGUCACGAUGCUGCUGUCGCAGUCGCCGAUUGACGAGGCGCAGCUCAGCAGUGCGAGAGACCGGCUCCAAGCCCUGCUCAGGGAGUCCAACCUAUACCGGGUACAGAUUCUUUUAGGUAAGAUGGAGAACUGUGAACAACUGCUGCUUGAGCGCGCAACACUACACGGAAAACUGGAGGAGCACGAUAAAGCGCUGCACAUUUUGGUGCACAAGCUCAGAGACUUCCGGUCCGCUGAGGCCUUCUGCAUAUGGGCCUCGUCUUGUCGCGAUUCCGCCUACCAACAGCAGCUGUUUCACCUGCUCCUGGGGGUUUAUUUAGACGGGAACCGUCCCGGAAAAUCCCAGGCGGCGGCAGCGGCGGCAGGAGGUGACAGCGGAGACCUGGAGAUGGCAGCAGUGGACCUGCUAAAUCGGCACGGCGAGGUGUUCGAUGCCGUCCGCGUCCUUCGCAUGCUCCCCGAAGGCUGGUCGCUGCAGCUGCUGCGGCCCUUUCUGGGCCGGGCUGUCAGGGCCAGCGUGCACGCCUGCCGCACCUCCCAGAUUGCUUUGGGGCUAGCCAACUCAGAAAACCUACAACUGCUGCAUGACAGGUUGAAAGAGCGCAAGAAGCCCAUCUUUGUGUCCGAAAAGAAGGGAUGCCACCUGUGCCACAACACCUUCAGUGAGCCUGAUGUGGUGUGUCUGCCGGGUGGAGUGCCCGUCCACACCCAGUGCGUCGCCCAGAGAGUAAGAGACUCUCCCACCAAGAGACUGUUAACUAAUAGCACUAACCACACGUGAGACUUCACUCGACCCGUUCAACUGUCACCUGAUCUGUGAUCGGAGGCGCCAAACUAAAGCAGGACCUGCUGAGGACUGAGGGGGUAAAGGAAACAAAAGAAAAGCACAGAGCACACUUUGCCGUAGUGGAAUCUGCUAUGGAGUUGAUGAGAAAUUCAAAGAAAGCUGUUCCUGUGUGUGUGUGUGUGUGUGUGUGUGUGUGUGUGUGUGUGUGUGUGUGUGUGUGUGUGUGUGUGUGUGUGUGUGUGUGUGUGUGUGUGUGUGUGUGUGUGUGUGUGUGUGUGUGUGUGUGUGUGUGUGUGUGUGUGUGUGUGUGAUGCAGAGUUACACCACACUCUCAGACUGCGAGUUUUUUAAAGAAGUAAAAAAAAAAAACCCCCACAGCAGUUAAGUCACCGUGCCCUUUUUAAAUUCAUUCAAACAGAGAAUGAAUUAAACACUGGCUCCUGUUCAGUUCUGUGACCGUCCUCGUCUUCACUCGUCCACUUUUGAAACCUGACUUGAGAAACUACAGAAACCACCCCGCCCCCACAAAAUCUGAAUUCUGUUGCAAAAUACUUUGAAGCAUGAACGGUGUUACCACUCUUAUGUUCCUUUUGGGCUAAUCAUCUCAUAUUGGUCAUGUAUUAUUAAUAUUGUCCUGACUUGCUCCUUGAGCAUGUUCAUGUGUAAAACUCAUCAGUGCUGAUGGAAAAACAGAGUCUUUAAUUGUGCGUCUCUCACUCUAGAGAUCUGGUCUCGGUGCUGCUUUAUUUUCCCCCUCGGCUGUAAUGACAGUGGAUGUUAUAGUCAUGGUGUUUUCCGUUUAUGAGUCAGCAAUUUGAUCUGAGGCUAUUAGAUUUUGAAUGUUCCAUUUAUUUCGAUUAUUGUCUGCGGAGCAACAGCGGCGUACAACGCCAAAUGGGGCUUUUACAUUGCUCCACCAAUCACUGGUAAGAUGAUAUUCAAUUCAAAUAUUCAAACUGCACCAUCGACCUUCUAAAAACUCGCUCAAAUCAGACCAGGGCACUCUGAGAGCGUUGACCUCAGACAGGGCUGAGUGAGUGAUCCCGCACCUUCACACUGUUCAACCCAAAUCCCCAUCUCGCAAUGGUGAAGAAAACUUCAAAAACAUUCCUGUUUCCCCAAUCCCCAAAAAUGAAAUCACCUGUUACCAUGGCCGAUACCCGUCUUUGAUUUAACAAAAUCAUGCAAAUCAAUUCAGAAACUUUUGAGCAAUCCUGCUAAAAAAACAACAACAAACAGACAAACAGCGGUAUAAUCUUGAACGAUAAUGUCGUCAUACAUGUGUUAAACGUGGCAACCAAAUGACGUCAUGCUUUUGUAAGAGUAACUAAAUUAGAUAAAUUGAGAGGGGUCUUCACUGCCCACCUGCCCUCACAGUGUUUGUUCGGCUUGAGUGCCCACAAAUGAUUUGGAUCAAAUGAAUUUGAAUCCUUGCGUCUUUCAAUACAUAAACAAAUGUCCAUCCCGGUCAAAAUGUCCUGGUGGAAAGCUUGAAUCAUUUGUAGUAAAGGAGGUAGAAUAAACAUUGUCAAUCAGUAUCUCUGAGUUAUUAUUUUUUAACAGCUUACGUUUUUUGUUUAAGCAGUAAAAAAACGAGUGCCCACUAGAUGGCAGUAAUGCAUAAUGUUUUUUUAAAACAUGAAUGGACCUCAGGUGCAUUAUGGAAAUGACUCUUUACUUUUAUUCUUUUUUGAAUGAUUUUAUUAUCCUGUUUGAAAGAAACAUCAUGUUCCAUCUCUUCCACAAUCCAUUCACACACACACACACGCACAUGCACACACACUGGUCUUGGUUAAAGGGAAAUGCUUUGGAAAGUCAUUUGAACUAUGCUAUUAAAACAUUUCCCUUGAAAUUAUGAAAAAUUGCAAAUCGCAGCAUUGGUGUGAAAGUUGAGCGCUUCAUGUGGACGAGGAUGCAUUUCUUCCACAUUCCAACGAAAGUAGUGAAUGAAAACUGCGAAGGCGAAACCUUUAUCAUCCACGGCGUCGAGAACAUACAGCUUGAUACACCUCCGCUUUCAUAACUGUCUCCUUGCAGAGUGCCGGAGUUAUGGCUUUGACCUUUUAGUCCCGACACCUCUCACAGGAAUGGAGGUCGGCUCCUGUUCUGUCAAAAUGAAGCCCUGAAAUUCUUUACAGACUUGUCAUCACAAAGCGCUGCUUUGUCUUUUUAGUGCUUUCCGAGUGUCGCGUACGUGUCGGAUAACGAUAAAGUGCUGGUUUCUCCCCCGGGCGGACGUCACUAAUGGCAAAAGCUGCAUAAUGUGUCCGCGUCGCUACAUUGUGAGAGCAGUCAAAAUCAGGGACGUGUUUACUCAAUGUCUCCUGGAGGUGAUCCUUUUUUGUUAAAAUAAAAAAUGUCCCAACUGUG